AGAACUCCCUCGGCUUCUUCUUCGCAAUAUUCAGCUUCACCUCCAUAUUAUGCUGCAAAUCAACCUCCUAUAACACCAAAUCCUCCACGUCAAACAAGAACAGACCAGAUCGUUCAGAUAAGUGGAAGAGGUCCAUCAAGUGCCAACGUAGUUUUACCCUCGCGCCAGCCUACACAUCCUAAGAGGCACAACAGAUGGUUUAAUCUAGAACUAUGGGAUUCAGAUAUUUACAAAGACGGCCUCAAAUCUUGGCGUCAGGCAUCCCAAGCAUCUACAGGAACUGUACCACUUCCUAUGAUAAUCGAGUUUUUUCUGGAUGUGUCAGAGUUAAAUAAAAAUCAAAUUCUCGUUAUAACAGAUGAGAUUUCAAGGAGGCGUAAAGUUGAUUUGCACAAUUUAAGUGGGUCUAACGAGAACGGUAAAUCAAAAAAUAUUAUGUUGGAACGUUGGCAAUUGACUUUAAGGUGGC